CGACUUGACUCGUGGGCUGGAAACCUGUCCAUCCUUCACUUGAGUUCAACCAAUGAAUCAUUCGUCCUGCAGUCAUCAUACAGCAUGUUGUUGCAGCCUUCCGCAUCGGCCAUCGAGCCAAGUCGCAGCACCGACGCCACAGCAGCGAAUGGAGGAGCAUGCACAGCAAGCCACGAAGGCCAGGCACUGAACCGAAAUGAAGCAGCUCAAGAUGACACGUCCGGUGCCUAUCUUAAGGUCGGCAAGGAGGAGGCAGACGCCUCUGUGCCGAAGGUAAGAGGGAGCAACAGCAAGUUGCCAGAGUGGAUCACGAAGAACGUCAAGGAUCCGCACAGCUGGAAGAUGCUCGCUCGUUGCUGGCUCGCCUCAUGGGUCACGCUCAUCCUCAUGCUGCCGACGCGCUCACUGCAGACGUUUGGGCAAGCGGCGUUCUUUGCAUCUAUGAUCACAUUCAUGAUCCCGUCGAACAUGCCGGUGUCGAUCUGGCUCAUCGCCAACGCGACGCUUGUCAUCGGCUGCCUCCUCGGCUGGGCCUGGGGCGCCGCAGCGAUGGCCGCAGGUCUGUUCUCGCGAGACAGCGUCCUGCUUGCCUCGCAGCUGCGCACCGCCCAAGCGUCCGUCGCCGCCGAGACCAACCCAGAGGCUGCGUUUAAAUUGCGCAUCUUCCAGGGGGAUUUUCUCGACAUCCGCGCGAGCGCCGUCAUCGGCGCCUUCUUUGUCGUCGGCGCAUACGCGCUCGGCAUCAUGAUGGCCAAGGUGCCCAAGCUCCAGCUCAGCUGCAUCUUUGCCUUGAUCGUCAUGGAUAUCAUGUGUUCGUACGGUCCCCUUUUUCCGUUCGCGCAAUACACCCUGGCGACCAUAUUCAUGCUCCCCAUCGGCGCCAGCCUCGGUGUCGCAUUUGGCUGCAUGCUCUUCGUCUUCCCUGAAAGUCUCAACUACUCGUGGACGCGCAACCUGGUCAGCAUGCUCGAGUUGCAGCGCGCGCUGCUCGCUAUGCACAGUGCCUUUAUCUCCGACCCUGCGACGCAUAACACCCCUGCGCUCGAAGAGUUUGACCGCAAGCUCAAGGGUACAUCCAAUGGCCUCAUCGGACUCAGCGAUGCCCUCAGCGGCGAGGUCGCCUUCCUUGAACUCGACGUCUCGCGCGGACGCUUCUCUGGCAAAGACCUGCGCAAGCUCCUACUCGGCUUCCGCACGCUCAAUGUCCGCCUAUUCGGCAUGGCUGCCUUCCCGCACCUGCUGCAGAAUUUUGCUGACGGCGGGUAUGUGGAGCAGAACGUCAUGGGCGACCAAGGCGCGCCUCAGGAGGAGCCAGGGGCUGGGGACGCUGCUGCUGGAAAGGAAGGCAAUGAAUCAUGGAAAGACUUGAAGCAUCCCGUCCAGAUCCACGAUUCUACCUUGGUGCUUCGUGCGCGGCAGCGCAUCCAGGAAGCCGAAGCAGAGCAACACGUCAAGCUGUCCACCUUGCAGCCGCUCAUGGCCAAAGCGGCGGGGCCGACACUCGAAGCCUGCGGCGAGGCGCUUGGCGCAAUCACCGCCUUCAUCGAUCGGACCAACCGCAGCCGGUGGCGCCUGCGCAAGCGAGACGAUGCGCUCGAGGCGCAAACGCUGCAGCGCAUACAGGAUGCCGCGGCCAACCUUGCGCGCGUGCACCAGGCGUUCGUCGAUGAAGAGCGCCUCGCGUUGUUCCGCCCGUACGAACAUCACUUCAAGGUCGAGCGUGACGGCUCGCUGCACCUCGACGAACAGAGCGCCAUCGAGUUCCGCACCGGCGGCCGCCCGCUGUUCCUGUGCCUCGUCUGGGUCGUCUCGCUGAGCCGCUUCAGCAAGCAGCUUGUCAAGGUAUCCGACGAGAUUCACGAGCUCGCCAGCAAGCGCCAGUCCAACAGACUCUGGCUCCCCUCCAGCUUGCGCAGCGUUUGGAAGGUGCUCACGUCCAAAAAGGCGACAGCCGGCGGCCCAUUCAAGUUCUUCGCCAACACCGGACUGAGUCAAGAGGACACGGCUGCAGGUGAUGGUGACGACGAUGACGAUGAGGACCUGCAGCAUUCGACCGCCUCAUCGACCGUGGCGCUCGAGAAGGAUGCUGAGCGCGACGCUUCGGGCAAGAAGGACAUCAAGGCGUCAAAGGCCGACGGAAAAGGUACUCGUCGUCGUCGUCAGCGCCAUCGGCGCAGGGCGGUUCGACGUGAUCCGGACGCGAUGCCACCUACCAACGCUUUGCACUACCUCGGCAGGAGCAUCACGGGGAUCUACAACGUUAUGACCUCCACUGACGGCAUUUUCGCCCUUCGCGUCGCGGUUGUGACCCUCGCGCUAUGGGUCCCCCAGGUGGUCCCGUCGUCCGCCGCGUUCUACUACCAUCAGAGAGGCGUCUGGGCACUGAUCAUGGCUCAGCUCGGCCUGACGGUCUUCACCGGCGCGCAAGUCUUCGCCUCUAUCGCUCGGAUCGCUGGCACCAUUGUCGGCGGGCUCAUUGGAACGGCCAUGUGGUACAUCAGCGCAGGGUCUGGCAGCGGGAAUGUCUAUGCUUAUGCUGUCGUUGGAGGUGUGGCAUUCGUUCCUUUAGUCUUCCUACGUUUGUAUGUGCCGCCUGCCAUGCUCGUACCGGCCCUCAUGGUUGGCGUCACCGCCCUUCUGGUCUUUGGUUACAGCUGGAUCGACACGCAUCUGUUUGUGACGGCAAAUUCCGGAGUCGGAAUCGAAGUCUUCUGGCGACGGACGCUGCUCGUCGUGAUCGGCAUUGCAGGCAGCUUCGCAGUCCUGCUCAUCGGUCGUCCUGCUUCGUCUCGUGGCCUGGUGCGGCAGUCGGUCGCCGGCGUGACGCAGGACAUCUUGGACAUCUAUUCGACCAUCAUCGAAGCGUACAUCAAAAUUGACUCCCAGGUUGAUUCCGCUGCUGAGAAGCCGGCCCAAAUUAUUGAUGAGCAGUAUCUAGUGGAUCAUCUUCGACCACUUCUGCUCGAUACAUUUGCGAGACUCGCGGAGCUCAACACCCAUGUCGGCUUGGCGUCUGUUGAUGUUGCACCACGAGGGCAUUGGCCAAAGGAACGCUAUGUGGAAGCGGUGAAGGCACAAGCACGAAUGCUCGAAGCAUUGUCCCACCUUGCAGGCGCGGCAUUCGGGAUCAGCACUCCGUCCGAAUGGCAGCGCCACUUCUUGCGCUCGUCGGCGCUGCUCGACCCUUCUAUUAUCGCAGACAUUAGUAUGCACCUGUCGCUCAUCUCGCGUGCCCUUGCAACUGGCACGCCUUUGCCGCACACUAGCGCCGGCAACCUCCUCGACCGUACAAUCUCGGUCCAGAUCGAGGCUCGGAAGAGGGAAAAAGUACUCGGACAGGACUCCGUGGUCAGCUCGCUUUCGCUGCACGCGCUGCACGAACCGGCCUUCAUGGAUAUCGUCACAGGCAUUGUAGCUCUCGGUCAGUUCGUCCGCAGCUGUGACCAGCUUGCCGCCAUCACCGCUGCGCUGGUCGGCGAGGUCCCACUGGAAGGAUACGACGCGUUGCUGAGCCGUGUGGAGGAUCAAAUGUGGAACAUAUCGCAGCGAUCCUGAGACUUGUGUGAUGCGAAAAAGAAGUAUUUCAUGGGAUUUCAGAGGUG